GCCAAGAUGGUUGUCGGUGCCUUUCCAAUCGCAAAGAUGCUCUAUCUGGGAGUACGACAAUUGAGCAAACCGGUGGCCAACCGGAUAAAAGCAGGCGCACGGAGGAGUGAAUUCUUUAAGAAUUAUGUCUGCCUUCCCCCGGCCCAAGCAUACCACUGGAUCGAGAUGAGAGCAAAGAUGAGGAUCAUGGGUUUCCGUGGCUCCACUAUCAAGCCCCUGAAUGAGGAGGCAGCUGCGGAGCUUGGAGCUGAGUUGCUCGGCGAGGGUAUAAUUUUCAUUAUCGGUGGGGGCUGCAUGGUGCUUGAGUACAGCCGGCAGGCCACCAACGCUAGACGCAAGGAAGAGGAGCUUGCACAAAACAUCAGCAAUCUUCAGAUGCAACUAGGAGAGCUUGCACUAGUGACAGAGACACUAGAUGCCCAAAUCAGAGAGGUUAACAGAAUUCUGUUGUCCUUUCCAACUGCCUUAAGUCAUAAAUGACAAUACGCAUCACUAAAGUAACACACUAACUAAGAAGGGUAAAGAGGCUGGUUUAUGGGGACAUCUGAUUGUGCAGCACUGCAUAUAUACACGUGCAUAGUCUUGUUAAGGCCCUGCCAUACACACACAGAGCACGGAGUGUAGUCUGAGGCAGUAUUCUACAGCUCAACUCUCCUUGCUGACAUGUUGACACCCAGGCUAUGAAAAAAUGAGGAAGGAACAUAGAUCUCUGUGUAAGUGUGUGUGAUAAGUGGCUGGUCACCAGCAUAAUGUAAUUAAAGGUUCCCAUGCUUAAUUUGUUUGGUUGAAUUAUGUAUUUUUCACAUGACAGAUUUAAUUAUUUGAUGACACUGUCAAUCCAUUGUUAAAGGGUUAGUUCAUUCAAUUUCUGUCAUCCUUUACUCACCCUUAUGUUGUUCCAAACCUGUAUGGGAACAACGUGAGGGUAAAUAAUGACAGAAUUUUCCAUUUUGGGUGAACUAGUCCUUUGUUUUGACCACUUAUUAACCUGCAUAUCAAGACCUGCUUAGACAUAUGAUGCAAGUGAUUUUCUUCAGUGAUUUUUUUAUUUAUUUUUUUCAUUUUGGAAGAAAUGGUCACAAAUUAAAGUAAAAAAAGUAUUAUGCUUUUGGGGUUUGGCAUUGAUUUCCUUUGUAGUGAGCGGUAAACCUCAUAAAAGUGAUCUGAAAAUGCACUUGAAUUGGGAAUACUUGAAUUAUGUAUUUCUUAAGAGGAAAUAUGGAUCUGUCCUCCAACAUAGGAAAGAGAGACACUGUCUCUGCGCAUAUUGCGAAAAAAAUCCCUAUUGCUUAAAUUACUGCUGGGUUUAACCUGUAUAUACGCAAUUCCCCCGCACGUGGUAGUGACGUCACUCUGCUUACAUUUAAUAUAUAAUUUACCAUCUAUAAAUGUAGUUUAAUGUUAACAAAUUGUACAUCUUUUCAAAGGUCUAAGGGUUCAACAUUGAUAUCCGAUCUCUGUUUCACGAUAGCAAUGCUCAAGAAACAGCAAUUUAGUUAUUUGUGCCAGGAGUACAAAUGAAAACUUGCAAUAUCAAAACGGGACUUCAUACCUUUGUUAUGAAAACACAAUCGCCAGAUGAAUCCAGUUCGCCACACUUGGGUCAAUUUUCCUUGUCAAGCACUUUUUGUCCAUAAAAGUGAUACAUCUGAGAAAUAUUGAUAUAUUCUCCAUUGUUUACAUGAGAUCUCUCCUGAAAGAUUUACCCUUCGUCAUCGUUCUUCAACAAACUAUGCAAUAUAAGCAGCAUAUAGGUUGUAAAACUGUAUAUUAUCUUAUAUAUUAGAGUCUCGUAAACAAAACGAGCCUGUCUCCAAAGUCUAUUUUAAAAAAUGCGGCAUAGUUUUAUUCAGAAUAGCCAAGCAGUGCAGUCAGAUUUUGUGUCGUCUUGAAAGUGAAAAUGUAACUUCUUUAGACUUGUGGCUUUCAGAACUUUGUAUUUCUGGGUUGUCUUGGCACUUUUAUUAUUGUUUCUUUAGAUUAUAAAAACAUGUUCAGCACAAAAUAUUCCCAUUACAAUAAACUUCAGCUUCUCUAACUUAAAAAAAUAACAACAAAUAUUAAUUCUGAAGGGUCCAGUAAAUACAAACAUUUAAGUUCAGGUAUGUCAUUUUAAUGGUUUGUGCUCAAAAAGGGGGUGCGUAUCAACGGUUAAUAUGCCUUAUGUAUAUGGGUGUAUAUUUAUCAUUGUAAAAUAA